UGCGCGGAGGCGGACAUGAUGCUGAGUUCAUGCGCGCCGACGGCUGUGCCUCCCCAGGAUGAGUCCGCUGCGGCACCGGAGCCGUUCCGGUCUUUGCAGAUCGCCACCGCCGGUGCUGCUGCCUCCAAGAAGAAGCGGCGGCCAGCCGGCACUCCUGACCCGGACGCGGAGGUGGUGUCGCUGUCGCCGAGGACGCUGCUGGAGUCGGACCGGUACGUGUGCGAGAUCUGCAACCAGGGGUUCCAGCGCGACCAGAACCUGCAGAUGCACCGGCGACGGCACAAGGUGCCGUGGAAGCUGCUCAAGCGGGAGGCCGGCGAGGCGGCGCGGAAGCGGGUGUUCGUGUGCCCGGAGCCGACGUGCCUGCACCACGACCCCUCCCACGCCCUCGGCGACCUCGUCGGCAUCAAGAAGCACUUCCGCCGCAAGCACAGCGGCCACCGCCAGUGGGCAUGCUCCCGCUGCUCCAAGGCCUACGCCGUCCACUCCGACUACAAGGCGCACCUCAAGACAUGCGGCACCCGCGGCCACACCUGCGACUGCGGCCGCGUCUUCUCCAGGGUGGAGAGCUUCAUUGAGCACCAGGACGCGUGCAACGCCGGGCGACCGCGCGCCGCUGAGUCUUCGUCGCCCGGUCGUGGCGGCGCCGGUGCCGCGGCGGCUACGGCAUCGUCGCGGCAUCAACUUUUUGCGGUGGCCGCGUCGUUGUCGCGGACGGCGUCCAGCGCCAGCCCGUCGAGCGACCUUGUGGUGAGCCCGGUGGCCUGGGGUGGUGGUGGUCCGGCAAUGGCGAGUCCCAGGGCUGCUCCUGCUGCUGCCAACAUCACGGCGUUCCACCGGUUCACUGACCCGACGCCUUGUAGCCGGCGAGGUGGAGGAAGAGGCGGAGGAGGCCACAGCCUGGAGCUGCAACUCAUGCCACCGCGCGGCACCACCGGCGCAGGCAGCGGCGGCGGCGGCACUCCAGUUGCAGCCUCUGGAUACUACGCUUCGCCGCAUUCGCCUGCUCAUCCGUCCCAGCAGCCGGUUGCCGACGCAAUGCGGCUGCAGCUGUCAAUCGGGUUCGGCGGCUGCGGCGGCAUCGCACGCGAUGACGGCAACAACAGCAGCAGCGGCGAAGUGUCGGCCGCUGCGACUGCGACGAGGCUCAAGGAAGAGGCCCACGAGCAGCUGCGGCUGGCGAUCGCGGAACAGGCGGCCGCGGACGAGGCGCGCGCGCAGGCGAAGCGGCAGGCGGAGCUCGCCGACCAGGAGCUGGCGGCCGCGCGGCGGAUGCGGCACCAGGCGCAGGCGGAGCUCAGCCGGGCGCACGCGCUCCGCGACCACGCCAUACGCCAGGUCGACGCCACGCAGCUGCAGAUCACCUGCUACAGCUGCCGCCACAAGUUCCGGGCGAGGGCGGCCGCCAUGAGCUCCGACGUUGCCAGCUACGUCUCGUCCGUCGUCACCGAGGGCGGUGACGCCGAGGUCGACAACGACGACGACAACCACCGCCGCCGCCGCCUCCUCAACGCUGCGGAUGGCAUGAUGCCAAGAAGCCAUUCUCGGACGAUGGCGAUGGACCUCAACUAGCUCGUCGCACAAAUCACUGAAAAAAAUAAUCUUUUUUUCUUCUUUUUGUGCCAGAUUGCUCUCCUUUUGUUUUACCAAUGAGCCGGUGGUAUUAUGUGCUCAUGUGCAUGCGACAUGCAUGGCGAUGUAUUUCCGUAUUUGUAAUUAGAUGCAGUGACGAGAUCACUAGCUCCAGUGCCUUGUGGUGGCUGUGUGUUCUCUCACGGCAGAUUGGCUGGGCAGGAAAGCUAAAAGGGGUCUACUACGCUAAUUGCGACGUGCA